AUGGCGGCACGGCGCGGGGCUUUGAUCGUGCUGGAAGGCGUGGACCGCGCGGGCAAGAGCACGCAGAGCCGCAAGUUGGUGGCCGCGCUGUGUGCCGCCGGCCACCACGCCGAGCUGCUCCGCUUCCCUGAAAGAUCAACUGAAAUUGGCAAACUCCUGAGCUCCUACUUGGAGAGGAGGACUGAGGUCGAGGACCACUCUGUGCACCUGCUCUUCUCUGCAAACCGCUGGGAACAAGCGCCUUUAAUUAGAGACAAGCUGGACCAAGGGGUCACCCUUGUUGUGGACCGAUAUGCCUUUUCUGGUGUUGCCUUCACGGCAGCCAAAGAGGACUUCUCCCUGGACUGGUGCAAGCAGCCAGACGUGGGCCUCCCCAGGCCCGACCUGGUUUUGUUCCUGCAACUACAGCUGGCAGAUGCUGCCCGGCGAGGGGGAUUUGGGCAGGAGCGUUAUGAAGACUCGGCCUUCCAGGAGCGCGCUCUGCACUGCUUCCAGCAGCUGAUGCAGGACCCGAGCCUGGAUUGGAAGACAGUGGACGCUUCCAGGAGCGUGGAGGAUGUGCACAAGGAGAUCUGGGCCUUGUCUGAGGAUGCCAUCCAGGCUGCUGCGCACAGGCCGCUAGGCCAGCUGUGGACAUAG